AUGAGACUCGGCGCCCUCCUCGCCGGCCUCGUGGCCGCUAGCGCCGUCUCUGCGAACAACGGCAACGGCAAGGGCAACGCCAAGCCCGGCAAGCCUGGGAAGAACGGCAAGGGCAAGCCCAACAUUGUCCUCAUCCUGACCGACGACCAGGACCUGUCGACGCUCUCGCCCGACGUGCUGCCGCACCUCUACGGCCAGAUCGCGGCCGAGGGCACGCACUUCACGCAGUUCUUUGCCCCCGUGUCGCUCUGCUGUCCGUCGCGCGUCUCGCUGCUCCGCGCGCAGCACGCGCACAACCACAACGUGACGUAUGUGUCUGAGCCGUACGGCGGGUGGCCCAUCUUCAACAAGCUGGGUUACACGCACCAGACGAUCCUCAACUUCAUGCAGGAGGCCGGGUACGGGACGUACUACACCGGCAAGCUCAUGAACGGGCACAACAUCGACAACUGCGCGUCGCUCCCCGUGUCGGGCGUGACGGAGGGCGAGUUCCUCGUCGACCCGUGGACGUACGACUACUGGUCGCCUGGCUUCUGUGACGUGAACACGGGCCAGAUCGCGGUGCACAAUGGGUCUUACUCGUCCGACGUUGUCGCGCAGAAGGUCCUCGGACACCUCGACACGGCUCUGUCCAAGGACGAGCCGUUCUUCGUCGUUGCCGCGCCGAUCGGCCCGCACAGCCACAUCCCCGGAGCCAAGAACAGCAACGACUACAUCCCCGGCAUGUCCAUCCCGCAGUACCGUCCCCAGGACGCUGGCAAGUUUGCGGACCACUCGAUCGAGCGGCACGAGGGCUUCAACCCCGACUUCCCCACCGGCGUCUCGUGGGUCAAGGACCUGCCGCGCCUGAACCAGACGCAGAUCGACCACCUCGACGACUGGCAUCGCGCGCGUCUGCGCGCCCUCCAGCCCAUCGACGCGCUGAUCGGGGACGUGUUUGCCAAGCUCGACGCUGCCGGCCCGGGCAAGACGCUGGGCUUCGAGGAGGACACGCGUGUGCCCCUCUUCGUCCGAGGCCCGGGGGUCGAGAAGGGACGCGUCGACACGACGGGCUCGUGGGGCAUUGUCGAUCUCGGACGCACCAUCCUCGAUCUCGGCGGUGCAAAGACCAGCUACGAGAAUGACGGACAGGCCAUCGAUCUCUUCGGCAAGGGCGACAAGAAGCACGACAACGGCAAGCAUCUCGGCCAGACCAACGGCCACGGAAACGGAAACAUCGGCAACGCGCCGGGAAACAGCGGCAACGCCCCCGGCCACAACAAGCCCGACGCCAACGACAACCCCCGCCACGCGCUCUCCGAGUACUGGAUCCUCGCCAUCGAGGAGGGACCCUGGGCGCACCCGCCCCGCCCGAACAACACGUACCGCACCCUCCGCGUCUCGGACGGCGAGCACAAGUACUCGUACUCUGUGUGGUGCACGGGCGAGCGCGAGCUGCACGACCUGAACGAGGACCCGCACCAGGUGCGCAACCUUUUGAAGGCGCACAACGACCUUGGCCGGUUUGCCGCUUUCAACGCGUCCGCCCCUGCUGCUGCCUCCGCCGCCUCUCUGGACCUCGCCUCGCGUGGACUUGAGGGUUCGCUCGACGAGGACACCAAGCGCGUCGCGGAGCGCCUCGACGCGCUCCUCCUCGUGCUCAAGACGUGCCAGGGGCAGCAGUGCCGCGAGCCCUGGGCCUCGCUCUUCCCCACUGGCGAGGUGACGAGCUUUGCCGACGCCCUCGACGCUGGCUAUGACGGAUACUUCCAGAAUCUGCCCCGCGUCAAGUUUGACGAGUGCGCGCUCGGAUACCAGGCUCGCAGGGAGAGGCCGCUCUGGGAGGACGCGUGGGCUUGGAAGGCGCAGGAGAACAUGGUCGUGCAGAGCUAG